AUGAGGCCCGCCGCCUUUCUGGAGGUGUACGUGGACCAAUUAGAGGGGCUUGAUCUCAGCGCCCUUUGCGCCGCGAAUCGCGUUAGCGGUGCGUCGCUGUGCGUGCGGCUGACGGUAACUGCGGGCCACAGAUGCUUAGGAGUGGCACAAACGAAACCCGUGAACCCCGGAGGAAGCAGUUGCGUCGUGUUCAACGAGCUUCUUCAGAUCGCAAUAUUCGAGCAGCACGUGGACAUACGUGUUGGAGUAGUUUCCGCAGAGGAGUCGAUCGCUCUCCACCGCACCGACAGUCAGACUAAUGAUCUCACAGGGGCUUUCCUCGCGGCGGCGCAGCUGCCUACGUCAGCCAUGGCGUCAGCAUUGAUCGAUGGGAGUCGCUGCGACGCAGACACCCCUGCGACUUCAAGUGUGCAGGCGACACGUCGAGAAGCUAUGACAGGAAGGUCCAUAGACGAUCAAGCAAGCCGUCGACGAACCGGUGUUCAUGACUAUUGUCAGCAGCACGAGCCACAACAGCACCAGCAGCCACACCAGUCGGAGCAGUCGGGGAAUCAGCCCCGUCAUGGGUUCUCGCUUCUACUCACAACCUCGUCCUCCCAUCCCUUAGCCAUUCUCCGUGUAACCGCGGCCCUGCGCCCCCUCGGCCUUUCUUGGCCAUUUCCCUGCAACCUCCUCGCAAACUCUCCCCACCGAGGAUUCUCCACCGCAGCUGUGAGAACUACUGUCGAUGGUACUUUUGGGGAAAGAGAGAGUACGAUUUGUGAAGCAGGCAAAACCGCCCCUGCAGAGUCUGCGCAACUUUCCGCGUAUCUUUCCGCUCAACCCUCCGUGCACCCGUGCCUGUCAGCCGAAUCCGCCCGACUGACUUUCCGCAAGCGGAAGUGCAAGUCGGGCCCUAUGCUCUUCCACGUCUGCACCACUGCCACCGCCGCUCCCGCCGCCGCAGCGUGCGUCGCUCCUGCGGAUUCUGCAGAAUCUGAUAGGGUGAUGCUGCGUCUCACUAAGUCCGGCCCCCUACCGUCUGGUGCCGUUUACGGCGCAUCUUACGGUGCGGUCAACGGCGACCAUGUAACGGGCUGGCCGUCCUGCAGAAAACAGUCGAAUGAGACGUUUGACGGUGGCGUAAACGGCCAGGUCCACGAAUCCGCCGGCCCUUCCACGUCCACGUCAAUCUCCCCAUCGCUUUUGGCCAGCCCUUUAGCGCUCUGGACGGCGCCGGAUACGGCGCCAGUCGCGGCGUGGGCUCUUUUCGAGCAGCAGAAUUGGCAGAGGGCGCGGCACCCGGCCGCUCUCUCUCUUGACAGCAGCAGAGGAGCGGCAGGGGGAGCGGGUGCUGGAGGGGCAUGUUUGGGCGGAGUGUUUGACAAGGGGGCGCGCAUGGGGUGUUUUGCGGGGUUGGCGGAUCCUCUUUGGCAGCGAGGCUUAUCGCAGGCGAGCGGCGACGACGACGACGAUGACGAAGUGUCGUCCACGUUUCGAGGCGACGGUUCGCUGUCGCACGUACCUGAGCUUGCAAGCCCAGCCGGGGCAGGAGGGGUAGUGUCCAUGGGCGGAGGGCGGGCGCAGGCGUGCGUUUCCCCCACACGGAGCUCCCAGAUUCCGCGCAAGUCAGUAGGCAGAGAAGCGGAGAACGCGGAUAUGGCAGUGGACCUUCUUCUUAACGAGCUGCUAGACGCGCAAAUGCUGGCGGAACGCGCGGAGGAUUGCGGCGGCGCAACGGGGGGCGGAAGCGUGGAUGGCGCAGAGGAGGGCCAAGGGGAGUUUUGCGGUGGAGCGGAAGAGGGGGAAGGGGAAUCCUGCGGGGGGUUCUGCUGCAGGGGGGAAGCACGGAAGGGCAGGUGCGCGCUGAGCGUGUCACGCCUGUCGCUUCCAUGCGACUUUGACACAGAGGGCGAUUGUGUUGGCGACUGUGACGGCGACUGUGACGACGACUGUGACGGCGACUGUGACGACGACUGUGACGGUGACUGCGACGGUGCGUGUGACGACGGCGGCGACGAUUACGACGGGGAGAAACCACACGACUGGGCUGAGGAUGUCACGGAGAUGCAAGAGGAGGUAAUUCGCGAGUAUUGCCAGCACCACCACCAGCGCCAGCAGAAGCAGCGUGAGCAGGAGACGCACAAGCUAGAGGUUCGUGCGAGCCAGCAGCAGCACGUCUGGUACCCCUGGAGCGGUCCGCUUCCGUCCUCGCCGUGUUUCCUCUCUCUUGGUGCGCCAACAGAUCCCUCUGGUCACCUUCAAUCUUCCCACUCUGCCCCUCUAACGCCACUUGGACAACCCGUGCUUCCGGCAAGUCCAGCAACAGAAGCAGCCACGCAAGGCCCAGCAGCGGCAGCAGCAGCAGGAGCAAGAGAUGCAGCACAUCCAGCAGACUAUUCUCCAGCUUCCCGGUGUGCUGCACAGGCAUCUGUCCCUGCAGUUUGCUUCGCUUCCUUGGGUGAAGAGCGUGUGCGGGAAGCGCCGCACGUGUUUCCAGGGCACGUGGUGGUGGCCUCCUGUGCUUGUGGUGGGCAUGCAGUGGAACUCAAUUGA